AUGGACAAACUCGCCAGUAUGCCCCUGUUCGACAAUCGGCACAUGAUGAAGGUCCACAUUGUGCAAAUCAUUGUGAUUCACAUCGUCAUGGGCCUCUCCGGUGCCAGAAUAUUCCUCAAGGGCGGCCCAGUGACCCGUACAAACACCAUGUCUCUAGGUAUAUCUGUAAAAUCCAUGGUCUUCAUCAUCUACCAAAUCGCAACUCAGCACUGGGCCCGAGGCCGGGGCUGGGCGUCCUUGAAAGCCAACGCCAUUCUCAACGGCCUCGAGCCCGUCUUCUGGGGCGCUGUAGUCUUCAUGUCCAUCCAGGGUAACAUCCAGCGCUGCGUCGGCACGAGCUGCAUCCUCAGCUGGGUUAUUGUCGGAUGCGGUAUCUUCCUCAACCUUCUCGCCGCAUACACCGCCGUCGUAUCCUUUGUCGAUUUCAAAUACUUCCGCCGCACUGGCACGACCCGCGGCGUCUCAGUCGACCGCAAGGCACCGAUGCACACCGAGGAGAUCACUUCGACUGGUUCUGUUGAGGACCAGGAGAUGGCGCAGCCGAGAAGAAAGGCAGAGAGGAUGUAA